GUCGUCGCAUUGCAAAGACUAGAGCUGAAGAGCUUAUAAAUUGUUCGUUUACAUUUUUACAAACGUUGAGCGCUUUCCUUGCAGGAAAACUGCUCGCUAACAGAAUUCGUUUUUUGAUUCUAUUUUGAAAAUUAAGAUGUCGAAGGUGCGCUCAUCCUGCGGAUUAAAAUGGCGAAUCGAGUUGUGUCUGUUUUUGCUCAAAAUUAUGCAGACCGUCGCAACAGACAUUCACUAUUCUGUCCCUGAAGAGACUAAAACAAAACAAGUUAUCGGAAGCUUAAGUAAGGACCUCGAUUUGGAAUUUCGACGACUGAAUAUUCGCAAGGCCCGUGUUGACUUCCAGGGCGAAAAACGCUAUUGUGGAAUAGACUUGGACACUGGGAAUCUCAUUGUUCUUGAGCGCAUCGACCGGGAGGUGCUUUGUGAGGCUACGACUCCUUGUCUCUUACACUUUGAGUUUAUUCUCGAGAAUCCACUGGAGCUGCACAAUAUUGCCGUGGAGAUACUCGACGUUAAUGACAACGCACCUGUGUUCCCCAAAGAUUUGAUCAAAUUGGAAAUAAGUGAAUCAGCAACAACAGGAAGCCGAUAUAAAAUAGCAUCUGCCCGUGAUGUAGAUGUCGGAGUUAAUUCCGUUCAGAGUUACUUACUCGAUCAAAAUGACUAUUUUGUUUUAGAUGGUAAGACUAGUAAAGAGAGAUAUGUGGAAAUCGUUUUGAAAAACAGUCUGGACCGGGAGAUAAAAGGGGAACAUUCCAUGAUAUUAACGGCAAUUGACGGAGGUAAUCCUCUUCGCUCAGGUAGUGUAACAAUACAUAUUAACGUCAUAGAUAUAAAUGAUAACAGUCCAGUAUUCUCACAAGCUCUCUACAAAGUAAACGUGUUUGAAAAUACACCGCAAGGUACCUCCUUACUGAAAGUCAGCGCAACUGAUAAAGACGAGGGCGCAAAUGGUGUGAUAACGUACUAUAUCAACCAUGUGUCCGAUAACACUAAACGUUUAUUCCAAAUUGAUCAAAAUAGCGGGGAAAUGACUGUAAUAGGAGAACUUGACCAUGAAAAGUCUUCUUCUUACGAGGUGGAGAUACAGGCAGAGGAUGGCGGGGGACAGGCAGGUCACUGCAAAGUGCUGGUAGAGAUUUCGGACAUCAAUGACAAUGCCCCUACUAUAACUGUUAAAUCAGUUAACAAUCCAAUCCCCGAGAACGUUCCACCCGGCACUGAAAUAGCCAUAAUCAACGUAAAAGAUCAGGACUAUGGUGAAAACAGUAGAGUGAAGUGUGUCGUUUCAGAAUCUCUACCGUUUAAACUUCAGUCUUCUAUCAAAAACUAUUUUACGUUAGUCAGUAGCGGCCCACUUGACAGGGAGCGCGUGUCUGAGUAUAAUGUCACCAUAACGGCAUCAGAUGAAGGAUCACCAUCCUUAUCCUCGAGCGCUCUGUUGAGGUUUCAAAUAUCUGAUAUUAAUGACAACCAUCCUGUGUUUGAAGAACAAUCCUACAGCGCCUAUGUGAGUGAAAAUAACAAGCCUGGCUCCUCCAUAUGUUCUGUUACUGCCAGAGACCCAGACUGGAGACAGAACGGCACAGUGGUCUAUUCUAUAGUGCCCAGUGAGGUCAACGGUGUCCCCGUGUCUUCAUAUGUAUCCAUUAACGGAGACACGGGGGUGAUCCAUGCCGUGAGAGCAUUUGAUUAUGAACAGUUUAGGAGCUUCAAGGUCCAGGUUGUAGCCAGGGACAACGGUUCUCCUCCACUCAGCAGUAACGUGACUGUGAGCGUCUUCGUAGCAGAUGAGAAUGACAACUCUCCCCAGAUAUUAUAUCCUGCUCCAGCAGGGAACUCCUUGAUGACUGAGAUGGUCCCCAAAGCUGCUCUGGCAGGGUCCCUGGUUUCCAAGGUGAUAGCUGUGGAUGCUGACUCUGGCCAGAACGCCUGGCUUUCGUACCAGAUUGUGAAAUCCACCGAUCCAGGACUUUUCACUAUCGGUCUCCACAGUGGAGAGAUCAGGGCCCAGCGGGACAUUUCUGAUUCUGACGGUAUGAAGCAGAACCUUGUGAUAUCUGUGAAAGAUAACGGACAGCCCUCUAUGUCUACAACCUGUGCUGUUUACCUCCUGAUAUCAGAUAACCUGGCUGAGGUUCCAGAGCUGAAAGACAUGUCUUACGAGGGGAAGGAUUCUAAACUCACUUCCUACUUGAUCAUCGCUCUGGUGUCCGUAUCCACCUUUUUCCUAACUUUCAUCAUUCUCAUCCUGGCCGUGAGGUUUUGCCGCAGGAGGAAACCUAGACUGUUGUUUGAUGGAGCUGUGGCCAUUCCCAGUGCGUAUUUCCCUCCUAACUAUGCAGAAGUGGAUGGAACAGGAACGCUGCGGAGUUCUUACAAUUAUGACGCUUACCAGACAACGGGCUCACGCACCAGUGACUUCAAGUUUGUCAGAUCUUACAACGACAACACGCUGCCUGCUGAAAUGACACUAAAAAAGAGUCCAGAUCAUUUUCUGGAAGGAAGUAUCACCACACUGAACACAGCAGGAGAAUCUAUCGAGGUAGGAUCACGUCGUGGAGAUGUUGUCUGUGUUAAAUAA